AUGAUAAAAACAAUCACAACUAUUACAGAUCAACUAAAUUCUCUUCGUUCAAUUUUACGAUCAGAUGAUUAUCUCCAAAUUCAACCAUCAGGAGAUUAUGAACAAGUUCGUAUUAAACUCGAUCAUGACAUACAAAUAAGUUUUCUUUUUGAUUCACUUAAUAUUUUAAAUAAACCAUUAACUAUUAAUAAUGUACAUGACUUACGGAUAACAAAAUCGUCUAAUAAAUGUCAAUUAAAUAAUGAACAAUUGACAAAUAUUCGUAAAUAUUUUGAUGAACUUAUCCAAAAUCAAAAUGAAUCUUCUUCACUUCUAUCUAUUGUUCAAUCAAUUCAAGAUCAUUUAUUAAAAAAUAUAAUGACAAAUGUAUCAACAAUGUCAAAUAAAUUUCGUGGUGCUGAUUUAAUAUUUAAUCGAAUCCUACAUGAUAAAUCAAUUGAUCGAUCACAAGUUAUAAUUGGUUAUGAAGAUCGUUUUACAGGCAUUCAUGAAAUUGAAUUUAAUGAAUUUAAGAAAGUGCAUGAACAUGAAUAUGGUGUUCCAAUGCAUCGUAUUCGAUAUUUUAAAAUUAAUGGAUGUAUUGUAUGGGAUCGAACAAGAAAGUUAGAUAUAUUAACUGGUAGUAAACAACAAAAUGGAACACCUUAUGAUACAGAGGAAAGACCCAUUCUUGUACAAGGUCUCUAUCAUUUUGAUCAAUCUCUUCAACAAUGGAUUAUUCAAUAUCCACACAUAACAUUAACAUCAGAUAAUCCAAAAGUUCCAUCAACAAAUGAAACAUGUCUUCAUGAACGAUAUCAUAUUGUCACAUGGAAUAUUUUAUUCGAUUAUUAUCAACCAGCACUUAUAUAUACUUCUCAACGAUAUCGAUCAAUACUUGAUACACUUAAAUCACUUUUACCUGAUAUUAUUUGUUUACAAGAAGUAACUUAUAAUUUUCUUAAUCUUCUUUUAAAUGAAAUAUGGUUACAAGAAAAUAAUUAUUAUAUUAUUAUAAUGAAAAAUGUCAUUGAUAGUGAUAAAGAAAAAUCAUAUGGUCAAUUGAUAAUAAUGAAAAAUUUUCGACCUCGAUCAUUUUCUAUAUGUCCACUUGAUCUAUCUGAUAAUGAUAGAGAAACAGCAGCAGCAACGACAGUAACAAAACAGAAAACAACAAAAGAACUAAUAAUAGCUCGAUUUGGUUUAAAUACUAAAGCAACGAUUGACCUCGUUAAUCUUCAUUUACAUAGUGAUCUUUCUCGUAAUGCAAAUGAAAAACGUUGUCAAACUCUAGAAAACCUUUUUAAAAAAAUGAAAACAAUUCAUGAUCUAUGGAAAGAUGUUUAUAAUCUUGAUCAGAAUCCUGGUUAUAUAUUUGAUCCAUCAACUAAUCUUUGUGCUCAUAUUACAUCUCAAUCACAAACAAAUCGUCGUUUAGAUCGAAAUUUAAUUCAUACAUUAGAUAAUCUUUCUUAUUCUAUUGAACAUCUUUCAAUGAUUGGUAUUGAAAAAAUACUAAUUGACCCAUUAAAUAUUGAUAAUAAUCAACGUAUUAAUCAAUCAGAUCAUUAUGCUUUACAAUUAAUUAUUUAUAAUCCACAUAUGACAAUUGGACAAUUUGACAAUGAACAAAAAUUUAAUAAAGCGAAAUCAUCAUUGAUUUUGCAUGAAUCAUUUGAAUUUCCUGUUGAAUAUAUUUACGUUUUACAACGACCACAUGAUAAUGAUAUAACACCGUUUCAUAUUGCUUAUCAAUUACUAUUAGGUCCUGUACUUCAACGAAUAAAUUUUAAAUAA